GUCUUGCCUACCACCCUCCCUCCUCGCCUUCCCCGAACCCGUGCUUCCGCCUUCCGCCUCCCCUUCCCCCAACUCGCCCCGCUCCGCCUCCGCUCCCCUCCAGACCUCGCCGCCGGCCGGCUCCUCCCCCCGGCCUCUCCCCCCCGCGAGGCCCGCAGUGUGAUUGAUCAAACAGAUCAGAGCAUUUUGUGCAAGGACGGACUGUGGACGGCUUUUGACAACAUCAGCUAAAGGGUCGGCUGAUUGAUGGCAGUUAUUGGAGCUGUGGAGGGUCUCUCGCCAGCUUUGCUCUUCCUUUGACAUAGCCGUAUGUUUGAUUGUGGUUAGAAAGCUCAAUACAUGGACAGACACAGAGAGGACUUUAAGAGGCUGGAUGAGUUUAGCCCUAGAUCAUCUGUACAAUCUGAAAUUGGUGGGAGGAGCAGCCUGAGGUUCAGCAUGCCUGGGUUCGGUUAUGAUUCGUUUAAUCCACUAAGAUCAUUCAUGUCAGGGCUGAGAAAGAGUUCUGGAAGACUGAAAUCACUUAGGCACCCCAAUCCAUCUGGUGCUCCUAAGACAGCUUUUGCGGAAGAUCUUAAAUCUUUUAAGAAGAAUAUAUUUGAUCCCCAGCAAAAGUUCCUGCUGCGAAUGAAUAGAUUUUUCUUCCUGUCAUGUAUUUUCGCUGUUGCAGUUGAUCCACUCUUCUUCUUCCUACCCAUCAUCGACAACUCAAAUUGCAUCGGUAUAGAUAAGAAAUUGGCAGUGACAUCAACAGUAGUACGGACUAUUAUUGACUCUGUCUAUCUUAUCCGUGUGUUUCUUCAAUUCCGCACCGCUUAUGUUGCUCCAUCUUCUCGAGUGUUUGGAAGUGGCGAGCUUGUGAUUGAUCCAACGCUAAUUGCGAUGCGUUACAUUAAGAGUUACUUUCUAAUGGACUUCUUUGCACUGUUACCACUUCCACAGAUUGUUGUUUGGAGAUAUCUCCACAGUUCUGAUGGUCCAGAUGUGCUGGCUACAAAAGAUGCACUGGUUUGGGUUGUCCUGUGCCAAUACAUUCCAAGGUUGCUAAGGAUAUUCCCUGUGACCAAAGAUUUGAAAAGGACAGCUGGUGUUUUUAUUGAGACUGCAUGGGCUGGUGCUGGUUACUAUCUUCUCUGGUUUAUGCUUGCUGGCCAUAAUGUUGGUACUCUGUGGUACUUCUUAUCCAUAGAGCGCAAAGAUAGUUGCUGGCUUGUCAACUGUCAUGCCACAGAUGGUUGUGAACCCAGCUACUUGUAUUGUAGUGAGAAUCAUGCUAGCAGUGACAAGUACAAAAAUUGGAGUACGAGUACCCCAAUAUUUAAUCAGUGCAAUGGCACUAAUGAUUCUUUCAAUUUUGGUAUCUAUCAGCAAGCAUUGGUGUCUGGAAUACUUGGUCCAGGAAAUUUUGUCUCUAAAAGUUGUUAUUGCUUCUGGUGGGGAUUACAAAAUUUAAGUACCCUUGGCCAAGGGUUUGUAACAAGUACAUAUCCCUGGGAGGUGUUAUUCUCCAUUGCAAUAUGCAUCCUUGGACUGAUUCUCUUUGCGCUCCUCAUCGGUAACAUGCAGACCUACCUUCAAUCAGUUGCUAUACGCCUUGAAGAGAUGAGAGUUAAGAAGCGUGAUGCUGAGCAGUGGAUGCAUCACCGAUCGCUGCCGCCGGAUAUCAGAGAACGAGUAAGGCGGUAUGAACGGUAUAGGUGGUUGGAGACCAGAGGAGUAGAUGAAGAAAAUUUGGUUCAAACCCUUCCAAAAGACCUUAGGAGGGACAUCAAACGCCAUCUCUGUUUGGGUUUAGUGAAAAGGGUACCUUUGUUUGAGAAUAUGGAUGAAAGACUACUAGAUGCAAUAUGCGAGCGAUUAAGACCUGCACUCUACACUGAACAUGAAUACAUUUUGAGGGAAGGUGAUCCAGUGGAUGAGAUGCAAUUUAUUCUCCAUGGUUCCUUGGAGAGUAUGACUACUGAUGGAGGCCGAAGUGGAUUCUUCAACAAGGUCCAGCUAAAGGAGGGUUCUUUCUGUGGCGACGAGCUGCUCACUUGGGCAUUGGAUCCCAAGUCUGGUGCUAACUUCCCGGUUUCGUCCAGGACAGUAAAGGCUCUUAGCGAGGUCGAGGCAUUCUCCCUGCGUGCCGACGAGCUGAAAUUUGUGGCCAGUCAGUUCAGGAGGCUGCACAGCAGGCAAGUUCAGCACACAUUCCGGUUUUACUCGCAGCAGUGGAGGACAUGGGGAGCCUGCUUCAUCCAGGCGGCCUGGCGCCGCUACUACAAGCGGAAAAUGGCCGAGCAGCGCCGGAGGGAAGAGGAGGCUGCGAACCGGCAGAGCAGCAGCAGCGGCCCGAGCCUGGGAGCGACCAUCUACGCGUCCCGGUUCGCGGCCAACGCUCUCCGGGGAGUCCACCGGCUUCGGAGCAAGGCUGCUGCUCUCCCCAUUGUGAGAGUGCCGAAGCCCUCCGAGCCAGAUUUUGGCGUCGACGUCGACGACGCGGACUAACAAAAACAGACCAUACUGGGAAUUACCUGUGCUAAUUAAUUAAGCUGAUACUUCAGGCAUGUAGAUUGUGUACAAAAUUCAAAAGACAGCAGCCGCACACAACAUUGUGAUGAUGAUUGUAAAAGUUUUACUGCUCCAAGGAGUAUAGAAGAUGCAAAUGUAUAAUGUUUCAGUUUUGCUA